GUUAAAAGAGAAAAAUGCUGUGUCUGAACUUAAAAGGGAAAAAUCCAGUGUUUUGGCCUGUCAAAAUUUUAACUCUUUUUUUUUUCACUAUGAGUGGGUUACAGCUAGAAGACUAUUACAAGACACCAAAAGAAGUCUCAGAUGCCUUAAAAGUGAAAGAUCUCGCUUCACUCACCAAAGGGUUAUCAAAGCUUAGAUCUCAGUUAUCAUUUGCAGUCAAAGAUCGUGUUGAUCCAACUGAAAAACAUACCCGUCCUCUUGUUGAAUAUGCUCAGUCAUGUACAGAUAGUCAUGAGAUCAAUAGUUUAUGGGAUUAUCAAGCAUCGUCAAACAUUCAAGAUCUCGAAUGUAUGCUACCAGAUAUUGUUGGAUUAUUUAUAAAACUAUGUACAACACCUGUCAUUCGCUCAUUUGGGCUGCAGAUUAUAGAAACCAUUCUUUCAAGACAAAUGAAAUAUAUUUAUCGAGGCAUAUCUUCUAUGCGUAUUCCACAUUGUCAAUCUACCUUUCGUCUAUUAACUGCAAUGGCUUCAUUCAAUCCAUCAACCACCAGAGAAUUAUUUAUUACUUUUAAUUUUCAAGCAGAGGGAUUUUUACGUGCCUCGAGAUAUAGACAGAAUAGAAAGAAUAACAAUAACCCUCAAAAGUAUCUUUAUGACUUGCGAACAAACUAUAUAUAUUUCGUACUCGCCUUUAUACAACACGGGGAUGCAGAAAUAAAGAAACAAGUCUUGAGUGUAAAGGGUCUCGUGAGUGCCUUGUUUACACAAAUGUAUGAAGAUGCUUAUCCUCUAAUUGAACUCAUCCUCAAUACUACCUAUGAACACAUUAUCCUAGAUCCAGCCGUUCCACGAAGCACCAAGGCCUUCUUUUUCUCUUCUUAUAUACUUGAAAAGAUUGCAAAACUUUAUACUCGAAAUGAGCCUGAACCUAUCAACUCUGAAGAAACGGCUACUCCGGCAGACAUAGUGCAUCACUUUUUAAUUUCAUCUUGCAGUGUACCUGAUGUAGGCGUUUGUUUUCGUGAUACAGCUUGGUAUCCAGCCAUAGUCUCCACAGAAGAUGAUAAGCCAUCUCGCAUCCACAACCGUGUGCUUGCAAAGUUCAUCUUGACAUUGAAGCCUGCGGAUGAUUUACGACAACAGGAAUUACUGCUAAAGAUACUAAAUACAUGCCCUGAGUUAGUUCAAGAAUACUGGAAAAAUACAUCGCUUACAUUUGAACCACGAAUUUCAAGUAAAUGGCUGGGAAAUGCAACUGUUUUGCAAAAAGUAAUAUCGUUAGACGUACCUUCACUGUCGUAUGGAACCACCGGAAUGUAUGCAGCAGAUCCUCCUACAGCCGAUACCAUCUUGGACAAUAUUUUACCAAACGCGUUCGGACGUGCCACUUCUAGUAAGGGUCUGCAACAUGCCAGUCCACUUGUGCGAUAUACAACGAUGGUUGUCCUGUCUGCAUCAUUUCAAAAGUACAACAAGGUCAAACAAGCUUUUCAAAAGGUGAUACACGACUUGGAAAGACUGGAAGACGGAUCAAGAUCAUCCGAAGCCUGGUCAAAAUGUUUACAACGUGUUCAUGAAGGAUUACGACGACGCACACCAGAGAUCCAGACUGUCAUAAACCUGUACAAGCAGACGUUUAGUCAAAAAAAUGAAGGCAUGGAUAAAGCAGAACAGGAGAGUCAAAGAGAGUUUCUUUAUGAAACCGCACUUCGAGUGAUAAGAUACUAUCAAGAGUUUUUACCAGAAACAAUUAUGGAAGCAAAUAUAGAUGUAAGCAACUUUAUACCUGAAGACAUAUUAUCGGUCAAACCAGGCCUUUUGAUGCAACUGCUCCAUCUCUUUUUAAGCAUGUCCACCUUCAAUUGGACCAGCCGAUCGUCUGGAUCGUCAUCUACGCAUCUCACCACUUUGCUCACGCUCUACCUUCAGACGCCCUAUCAACAUAUUCGUGAACUUACUGGUAACCUCAUCUACCAGACAUUAUCCGAAUCAUUCAUGUUUGCGCAUGACCCAGAAGAAGUGCAACUAUGGCUAAAUGCACUCCCUCAAAACCACUCGGAUCAAGUGGCCAUGUCGACAUGUCAAUCAGAUGUCUUGCAAUAUCUUGACAAUUGCAUCCAUCGUUUCAGCAAAACUCAGUAUAAAUACACGGACCAGCUUGUAUCACUUGUUGAUUCAAUCCACAAAGAGCAACCUGCCUAUUUACCUUCUGAGUACAAGCAUCCUUUCAGUCCGCUCUUGCUCACUCUGUGUGAAAACUUGAAGUUUAUAAAGACAGACAAGACACAUGCUGUCUUUUAUCUCACCAACUUGAUCUUGCACCUCUUUACAAAACAGACCGUUCCUUAUUACUUGCAACGUGUCGUGCUGGAAAUCACUUUAGAUGGCAGUAGUAACAAUAUGGAUCCUACAAAAAUUGAUGUUUGGGGCAUUCAUCAGAUGAUGCAUAAUCUUAAAACAUGUCUUGGUAUAGAAGCAGCUGCUUCUAAACAGAUAAAAAGUAGUAGUAAUAAUGAUUCAUUUAGAUCAUUGAUAACUGAAGAAAAUGUCCUGCAGAUACCUGUUGCCAAAAAGGCCUUUACUGAUGCCCUGGAGCAGCUUCCUGUUUGUGCUUUAGAUGGCUGUUUGGAAGAUGCAGCUAGGUUUUGUUAUGAAUCGUUGAACUGGAGACGGUUUGAACCGUUGGUAGAGUACCUAUGUAUUAGACACCCCUUGGCAGGCAGCUUCUUUCACUAUUCGGUAUUUCACAAUGAUCAAAUAGAUGAUAAAUACGCUAUCGCACUGUUAAAACAAAUCCCUUUCACCUAUAACCUAUAUAAUACGGUCGUCUUGAAGGAGUAUAGCAACAGCUUAGCUUUGAAUGUUUCAGAAUAUGCUAUCCAUACUCUCAAGGUCUCUCAGAUUCCAAAUGCGAUCACAUUUAUAUUCUUGCAACUUUUAAUUGCCGUUGAUGCUAAAGACUAUGACGCUUUGCGAUAUCUUUUCAAUCUAUUGCAACAUAUAAUCAAGCGUACAGAAUCAAUAGAAGAUUACCAUGUACAAACCCAACUUCAGCAGUCUAUCUUUAAGCACCCUCUACUUGACUCUCUUCGUUCUGAACUUGUGACGACCCUUAGUUCUGACGAUACUAGUGAUCUUGUACGUCUCGCAGUAGCAUUUAUCGAUAUGUUUGCACAUGGCAAGCAUAAUGCUCACAUGAUUCUUGCUAGCCUUAUCAAGGUGGAUAUGAAAGCAAAUGACGAUAAAAGAGAGUUACUGAUUGCACUUGUACGGUACAUCUAUACUGAUUCUUAUAAUCAAGACGUCAUGUCCAGCCAAGCAUUAUACAUGAUUGCAGAUAUGUGGAAAUCAGAGAAGCAAGUUCAAUUGACUACCGAGAUGUUAUCGUUACUCGAAGCCAUAUCUGCCAAACAACAAGAUGACCCUGCUCUGAUUGAACUCUUGGCCGUGUUUUGCAAGCCUAUAGUACAACAUAUUCUUGAAGGCAAGGAAUGCUCUAUUCCUAUGAUACUGUUACAAUCUGCCUGUGUGUCUGCUGCUCUCGAUGUCUCUGGUCUUAUUGAAAGACGAUUGGAUACACUCGUGCUUACAAAUAGCGUUGUCGAUUUGAUCAUGAUAGCAGACAGUAUGCUUUUGGAGGACAGACGAACAGAGUUCAGCAUGCAAGUGAUAGAGUACAUCAUUCGACGUCUUGCCAAUGGCAUGUCAACAUGGGAAGGAGGGGGCUUUUUUGAUAAACUAACCAAGUUUGUGAAGGCUUCUCCCAUCGAAUGGUCUCGCAUUCAUUUAGAAACCGUUCGAGAUUUUAUCUUGAUUACAUUGAUGGACAAUAUCUCAGAUGCUUGUGCCAUUCGCUUUGUAGAGACGGUUGUCGGUUUGGUGUAUGGUGAUUGGACUAAACUUGAACCAUUAGAGACAUAUCUACGUCGCAUCUUGGACCAUCACGACUAUUCAAAGUUGACCGAUCCUAAUUUGGCAUACCUCGCCACACGACAGAUUCCUGAAAAUGAUGAGCAACGAAGAGCUCUUAUUCAGCUGAUACAUACACUCAAUAGAAUUCAGCCAGACGUAUUGGCCAAAAAUCAUGGUUUGCUGGACACUCUGUUGACCAGUUACGGCGCGACUACAUCAUUUACAGAUAAGCUUCUAUUGGACAUAUUGAUGACGUGCGAGCGCCACAGUCGAUCCAGCUUAUUGACGAAAUUGACCAUGUGGGGCCCUGGUACAGACAAGAUACGUCAAGCGCAUAUGCAAGCAGGCACAUUAUUGCGCACAAAUGCAGUAUCCUCUGAUACACUCGGUUUAAUUGAUCCAACGAUCAUGAAGUAUACCUUCACACACUUUUCAGACGCCACAAGGAAUGAUUGUCCUCCGUUCCCAGUGAUCUAUGAUCCUUACUUCUUUUUACCACUCUUUGCCAACAUCAUUUCAUCUGGUAUUGCCGAUUGUCGCAAGUUGAUUGACUGUAAUGGGAUUGGUCUCAUUCUAGUGGGUAUGUCGUCCACAGAUGACAGCAUUCGUCAAGUAUGCUAUCAAAUGAUGGAUCAGUUUUAUAUAUUGCUGGAUCAUGCCAGGUUCAAGGAACAAGGAGAAGUCAUCUUUGUCUUGGACUUGCUUCGACAUUCUAUCACGGAUAGAUCACAAACGAACGUUCCUAGGGUUCCACUGUGUAUAUCGGUAUGUGUUGCUCAUACACUAUCGAUCCUGCUUCAUCCUGGUCAUCUCAUGUUUUCUCAUAUUUCCAAAUGGAUAUUACAACGACCCACACUCGACUUUGAUUAUGUUCCCUUGUUUUCAUCGCUCUUUAUGUCAUCAUCGGCAAACCAUAAAAAGGAGCGUCUAUGGCUGCUGCGUAUGCUAUCAUCGUCUCUUGGAACAUUUGAAGAUUACAAGAUAUUUUCUAGACAAAGAAUAUUUGAUGUGAUUGCCUCAUUUUAUAAUUCAGCAUGUGCAGAUGAGAGUAGUAAAAAGGCGAUUAUUGAGAUACUGGAACAGGCGAUCAAGAUACCGGGUGUUGCAGCAAGUUUGUUGACGCAUAAAGGUUUACUUGCAUGGAUGUAUCAAACAAAGAUAUUUGGAAAUCCAAUGUUGCCACAUGUGACAAUAAAAACAUUGCUGUAAGAUAGUUUUUACCAACAUUAUUUAUACUUUAUUUGCAUGUAAAUAUGUUUGUUUUAUAUGAACGAUAUUAAAAGAAUGAGGAAACAGAUGGGCUCAGUCCUUUGU